AUGGAGAAGGUUGCAGGGGGUGCGCUACCAGAAGAGGCCGAGAAGAAAGAUAUGAAGAAGGUAGCAGAGGCCGAAAAGGAAGAGAAGAAGAGAGAGAAGCAGCCAGAAGAGGCUGAGAAGAAAGAUAAGAAGAAGAAGAAGAGCAAGGGAAAGAAGGCUGGAGAGGAGGAGUCUUCACGUCAUCGCAAGGCAAGAAAGAACAAAGAGCACAAGAAUGAUGACGAAGAUGAAGAGGUCAAGAAAGAGAGGAAGAAGAAGGAGAAAGAGGAAAGAAAAUUGCGCCGGCAUGAAAAAAGGCACCUAAGAGAAGAGGAAAAGGUAGUGCGGGACUUCUACCGCGGGCGUCUGCACGAAAAUAGGGAUGCGGUGACUUUUAAGGGAGAGACAGUACACUUCAGCGCAAAGGAUAUCAAUGAGCUAUAUCAAAUGAAGGACAACCUUGAUGCACCAGGGAAUAAGAUUGUUGAGGAUCCUACAGAAGAACUGAUGGCAGACGCGCUGAGGGUACUAACGCAACCGAGUACAAGAUGGUCGGUCUCACCUAAAGGCAUCCACACCCUAGAGUAUAAGUAUUUGCUACCGGAGGGAAGGCUCUGA